AUGAGCGACGCUCGAGUGGAUCAUGAAAGGCUUAACUCGCAUGCCGAAAGGCUAGGUAUGAUGAAUUGGUGGGUCCAUCAGUUGGAAGAAGCCCGCUUCGCACCUGAACCCGAGCCAGCCCCAGUCCCGGCACCUCCAGAGCCAAAGGCGGAAGAGUCUGAUGAAGAACCGGAAGAGGUUCCGGAGGAAGAGCCGGAAGAAGAGCCGGAGGAGGUCCCGGAUAAUGACGGAGACGAUGAUGGUGGUAGUGACCUCGGGGAUGGAGACGUGGACGACUGA